AAAAGCAAACCAAUAAAAAGAGUAUGAAGAAGAAAGAAACUAGAUAAAAAAAAUUCUGUUUUCUUUUGAUAUAGAAAAGACAAAGACAAUCACAUUUUUCCAAAGCGUGGAAUCAAAGCAAACCGAUUGGAAACAAAAAUCCAUAAUCCCCACUAAAUUUUUGUUCAUAUAAACCAAUGACCAUAAUUAAACAUUCAUGUAAAACAAAGAGAGGAUGCAGAGAGGAAAAGAAAAUGAUGACAAGAGAGGCUUUUGUCGCUGGUUUUUCAGGUUAGUGGUCGUUAAACUCAUGGCGAGUGACAAGGAAGGCAACUCUGUGACAAAGAAACUGAUCAAGAACGAAUCAAAAUCAGACAUCACUAUUUAUUUCAAGCAACGAGAAGACUCGGAUGACAACGCUAAUCCCAUCAAUAAUACCUCAGGCUCCGAGAAAGAGAGGGUGAUCAUGCUUGUUAAUGGUAAUAACGUCCCAAAGAAGAGCAUAUCAUCGGGUGAGCAAAGCAUUAGGCGAUCUCAGAAUGGAGCUGAUAAAUCACAGCCGAAGCCGCUUUUGAAUGAUAUAAAUAGGAAAUCACAUGCUUUCAUUGAGAGUAGACUCGAGAAGAUGCGAAAAGGCUUAUAGCCAAGUUCAUGAUGACCUCUCUGUUUUGCACAGACAGACCCUUCUUUCUUCGCCUCAUUAUUCAUAUCAUCUACUAUGUCUUAAGGAAUCCUAUCUAAGAUUUUCAUCAAUUCAUUUAUAUUAUUGCCUGCAUAUUCUCAUAAUUAAAUUACAUCUUUGUAUGUAUACUUGUAUUUUGAAACAUUAUUUAUUGCAUACUAUCAGAUAUAUAUAAGAACUUAUUUCACA